AAGCGGAGCUGGGCGUCAACAAGCGCUGUGGUUUAAAAGGCGAAGUGGCGCAGUGAGAGUGAGAAACGUGACUGGGAACUGAAGACUGAGUUUUUUAAUGUCUUUGACAGACAUGAGGAUGGCACACGUGAAAAGCAGACAGGACACAUCUGGAGGGCUGUGGGACUCCGUGAAGAAGGCCGCCUUCGUCAUCGGAUCAGGGAUCUUGUUGUUGGCGGCGUUCGGCAACUCGCUGACAUGGCAUCUCCAGAGGUUCUGGGGAGCGUCCGGAGACUUCUGGCAGAACUUGUGGAGCAAACUUUCUGCCACCUUUGAGGGCCACAAUGAAGCUUUGUUCUACAUGGGGACCAUGCUCGUGCCCACUGUGGUUUUUUGGGGUUUCAACGCUCUACUGCUAUUGGUGGACACCACAGGAAGACCCGCCUUCAUCACGCGCUACCGCGUCCAAGUGGACAAGAAUAAUCCGGUGGAUCCGGCCAAGCUGCGCCAGGCAUUGAAGACGGUGCUCUUCAACCACCUCUUCAUCUCGGGCCCCAUGGUGGUGGUUGCCUACCACCUGACGUCCUGGAGGGGCGACCCGUGCGGCCCCCAGCUGCCCACCUUCCACUGGGCCCUGAUCGAGCUGGCCUUCUUCUCCAUCUUGGAGGAGGUCUUCUUCUACUACUCCCACCGUUUGUUCCACCAUCCCAGCCUGUACAAACAUUUCCACAAGCAGCACCACGAGUGGACCGCCCCCAUCGGUGUGGUGGCCACGUACGCGCACCCCCUGGAACACCUGUUUUCCAACCUGCUGCCGGUGGUGAUUGGACCCGUGGUCCUGGGCUCCCAUGUGUCCACCACCUGCAUGUGGUACUGCAUUGCUCUGGUCAGCACCACCAUCUCACACUGUGGGUACCACCUCCCCUUCCUGCCAUCCCCGGAGUUCCACGACUUCCACCACCUCAGGUUCAAUCAGUGUUUCGGCGUCUUCGGCGUGCUGGACCGGCUCCACGGCACGGACACCAAGUUCAAGGAGACCAAGCAGUACGAGCGGCACACUUUGCUCACCUGCUUCACGCCGCUCACCGAGAGCAUCCCCGACUCUCCCAAGAAGAGCCAGUGAUCGCCUGGGCAGGAAGACAAGACCGUUCAAUCGACUCGGCACAAACGGCCAGUGUUGGUACUUGUUUAAAAAAAAAAAAAAAAAAGAGUUGUACCUAAUUACUGACUGACGUCCAUUCCAGAACUUCCUCCAUCAUCUCAGGUUAGAUCAUGCAGAAGAUCACGCAGCGGCUAAAACAAAUGCAGUAAGAAAAUCGAACACCUUUAAUUGACCAUGCAAGCACGCCAUCUGGUGGCGAAAGCAAGAAACUACAGCAGGACAAGCUCCGGAUCCAAGUGGCACCCACUAGCGGCUGUGAAUAGUACUGCAAUGCAAUUCAAACCAUGGGAACGUGGAAGCUUUUUCAAAUGUUUACUCACCGUUAGGAUGCUGUAAUCCUGUUAAUGUUUUGCACUUUUUAACUAGGCAGCACUUUAAUAAUUGUUUGUAAUGAAAGAAAACUAAAGGUGUUGAACAAUGCAAUCCUGUGUUUAUUUGUAUUCCAAGCAAAUAAAAACCCGACUCACCAAGCGUGCUUUUCAAGUUUUUUUUGUCCGUUUUGUAUUUUUUUUUUCUUUUAUUAAAGGAAAAAAAAGCAUAAUUACUACAAAUUACAAAUGACACUAAUAAGCGAAUCACAUCAGCCUACAAAGCAGAUAGUGAAUAUUAAAUGUUAUCAUACAAGAUCUCAUUCAAGUAUUUUACAUUUUCCCGUUUUAUAGAUAUACUUUUUUUUUUUUGUUCCUUUUUUGGUCAUUUUCACAUUUUUUGCCUCAUGACAAGCCUAAGAUAUUUUGAUGCAAUGAACAACUCCCAACGCUUUAUAGACAGUUUGUGUUUUCAAAGUAUAUUCGUAUGGCUUUAUGACUUGUUUGUCCUUUUUUUUGUUUGUUUGUUUUUGUUUCAGUCUGCAGACAUCAUAAGCAACCAUAAUGUUCUCGCUCCUUUUGCGUCUUCGGGCUGCGGGUGCACAGAGUCGCUAGGAGUCCGAAAAGGGGGAAGAACUGAAACAUCCUGACUGGAGGCUGGGGAGAAGUCUGCCUCCUGGUGGCAAAAAAAAAACAAAAA